AUGGUGGCUCCCAGGAAUACCGCUUAUGCGGAGGAGAGUGCCGAGGUCGAGGUGCUCUACGCGAACCUCGAAAAGCUCAACCGCCUUACCAAGAAGAUCCAAGGCUCUCUUGUCCGUCUGGAAACGAGCGGACAGGUGGUCAAAGAGGCCAUUGGGCCGAUCUAUAGCAAUACCCAGUCAUUGCAAAUUACGAACACCAAUAUUGAUAAAGUGAACGAGGCCAUUGAUCGUCUCCGCCAACCCCUCGAUGCGAAGAACAGGGAGGAAGAUAUUCUCCGCGCAGAUCCUCAGAAUGCCGGUCUUUCGCAGUAUAUCGCGGCGAUGAAACGUGUUGAGAAGGCGCUGGUCGACCUCAACACCACGAAUCUCAAGUCGAAUCAGAGAGCGAUUGCCGACUUCAAUAGCCUGCUUGGUUUAGGUAGCAGCAAGCUGCAAGAACUAUUCCGGUCUGAAUUGAUGCAACAUGUCAACAAGAUAGAACCUUUGUACUACCUGACCAAAGACAUCCCUUUCCCUACCAUCCCCGACGAAAAGAUUGCAGAACUUGCGCCAGUUUGCUCCGCUAUUACCUCGGCAUGGGCUCACAGCCCCCAACGCAGCAGGGAGAAUCCAGCAUUGAGAAUAUACGCAGAGUGCCGUGGGCCAUACAUAACUGCAUGCUUGCAAAGCUUGGCGUUGGCCUCCCUGAGCACUAUGAAGAGAAGGCCUACCGACGGACCGUAUAAACAAGGAACUAACGGGAUUGGGACUUAUUCCAAUGCCUUGGAAGCAUUCAUUACAACCGAGCACGAUAUUAUUGUUCAGCUAUUCACUGGCGACCAGCAAGGGCUCGCUCUACAGGCCACAUUCCUUUCGCCCAUGGCCGAGUACUCCAAGACCCUCCGAGAACUCAAUACGUAUAUUCGCCAGAAUCUGAUGACGGAUUGCUUUUUAGCCUUUGAGAUCAUCGAGAUAGUUACAGACAUGUCUUAUCGCAUUGACACGAAGGCUGCUGAAUUGAAGACUCUGUUAAUAGAGGCUUUGCGCCCUGUUCGUGAAACCGCCAAAUCUUCGCUUUCGGAAUUGCUCGAGGAAACGAAACGAAAAACGGCCGUUGUGCCUCUGCCCCCAGAUGGUGGAUCCGUACCACUAGUUGAGGAGGUCAUGAGUUCCUUGGCUACGUUGACGGGCUACUCUGGCCCUCUGGCAUCGAUCUUAACGUCCCUUGGAGAUGGAAACUGGCGAUCGAAAUCAAGCACGGCGGGCACUGCACCCUUGGACGUCGGCCCGGACAGUGGUACUCUUCUAUCCCAUUUCAUUCUUGAUAUGAUCGAGGCUCUUAUGACCGGGCUGGAGGCUCAUGGUCGGGCAAGCCAUCGUUCAAAAGCCACUCUUGGAGUAUUCUUAUCGAACGUCUUCUUCAUUGUGGAUCGAUCUAUUCGUCAGCACUCGGAGCUUGCCCAAUACCUUGGCGCUCCAGACAGUAUCGCGCGCAUUGAUACCUUCCGUAAGCGUGCGAGCUCAACAUAUCUCGACGCAUGGAAGGAGACAUCGCAGUACCUUCUGGAUGUGCAAUAUACAUCUCGUACUGGGGCCCGGCCAAACUCAGGCGGGGCAGUGGAUUCCAGCGCUAUCGUGAAGAGUUUGUCCUCGAAAGAUCGCGAUGCAAUCAAGGAGAAGUUCAAAUCAUUCAACGCCAGCUUCGAUGCCAUGGUCUCCCAGCACAAAACCCUGCACAUGGAGCGGGAAGUGCGGUCCGUCUUGAGCCGGGAACUCCAAGCGGUUUUGGAGCCGCUCUAUGCGCGGUUCUACGAUCGCUAUGUGGAGAUCGACAAGGGCCGAGGCAAGUACAUCAAGUAUGACAAGAACAACUUGGCCGUGCAGCUAGCGCAGCUCUCGUAG